AUGUACGGAGCAGGAACCGGGCCCCAGACGGGCAUCAACACCCCGCGAUCCAGCUCCUCCCUACGACCACUGACACUCUCUCACGGCACCCUUGAGACCUCUUUCCUCGUUCCUACGAGCCUCCACUUCCACGCAUCACAGCUAAAAGAACGCUUCACUGCGAGUCUACCACCGCCCACCGACGAACUCGCUCAGGAUGACGAGCCUUCGUCAGUAGCCGAGCUUGUUGCCAGAUAUCUCGGCUCUGUUGCCGACCAGGUCGAGAAUGGUGAGGACGAUGCCCAGGGCUCUUACGAAGAGGUCCUGAGACUUGUUCUCAACGAAUUCGAGCGCGCGUUCCUUCACGGCAACGAGGUCCACGCCCUCGCCGCGACUCUACCCGGCAUUGAGUCCAAGAAGCUCGAGGUAAUCAAGAGCUACUACGCUGCCCGCAGCGUUUCCAACAGAACCAUCAAGCCGCACGAAUCGGCGCUCCUGCGCGCUGCCGACGAUGGCGCGGCCGACAUUUACACCAUUUUUGGCGGCCAAGGCAACAUCGAAGAGUACUUCGAGGAGCUGCGCCAAAUCUUUACCACAUAUUCUGGCUUCGUUUCUGAGCUCGUUACAAACGCCGCUGAGCUUCUUCAGACUCUCUCCAACGAUCCCAGCGCCGAAAAGUCCUUCGCCAAAGGUCUGGACAUUAUGAACUGGCUACAGCACCCCGAAGCCACUCCUGACGUCGACUACCUCAUUUCGGCCCCCGUCAGCUUCCCCCUCAUCGGACUUGUCCAGCUUGCGCAUUAUGAAGUCACCUGCAAGGUGCUUGGAAUCAGCCCUGGCCACCUUCGCGAGCGUCUUCGCGGCUCUACCGGUCACUCGCAGGGUAUCGUCAUGGCUGCCGCCACUGCCGCCGCCGACUCCUGGGAGUCAUGGCGCGAGAUUACCACCUCCACUCUCACCAUCCUUUUCUGGAUCGGAACUCGCAGCCAGCAGGCAUUCCCCGUCACCUCCAUGACUCCUACCAUGUUGAGAGAGUCCAUGGAUCACGGCGAAGGUACCCCGACGCCCAUGCUGAGCAUUCGUGACCUGUCCCAGCAGGAGGUUCAGAAGCACAUCGAUGCUACCAACCAGUACCUCCCCGCCAACCGCCACAUCAGCAUUUCUCUCAUCAACAGCCCUAGAAACCUGGUUGUUACUGGUCCUCCCACCUCGCUCUACGGUCUCAACUCCCAGCUGCGCAAGGUCAAGGCUCCUACUGGUCUUGACCAAACCCGUGUUCCCUACACUGAGCGAAAGGUCCGCUUCGUCAACCGCUUCCUUCCCAUCACGGCCCCUUUCCACAGCCAGUAUCUCGCCGAGGCCACUACCAUGAUCGACGAGGACCUCAAGGAUAUUUCGAUUGACAGCAGCUCUCUGGGCAUGGCUGUCUUCGACACAAACACUGGCAAGGACCUGCGAACUGAGGUCAGCGGCAACAUCGUCCCCACUCUGGUUCGACUCAUUACCCGUGAUCCCGUCAACUGGGAGACAGCCACCGUUUUCCCCAAUGCUAGCCACGUCCUCGACUUUGGUCCCGGUGGUGCUUCUGGUCUUGGCAACUUGACUAGCCGCAACAAGGAGGGUAAUGGUGUCCGUGUCAUCAUCGCUGGUGCCAUCGAAGGCGCGCUCGAGGCCGUCGGAUAUAAGCCUGAGCUCUUCGAUAGAGACGAGGAGAACGCCAUCAGAUAUGCCAUCGAUUGGGUCAAGGAAUUCGGUCCCAAAUUGGUCAAGAACUCCAAGGGCGAAAAGUAUGUCGACACCAAGAUGUCUCGUCUUCUUGGUCUACCACCUGUCAUGGUCGCUGGUAUGACACCUUGCACCGUCCCCUGGGACUUUGUCGCUGCUACUAUGAACUCUGGCUACCAUAUCGAGCUGGCUGGCGGCGGCUACUUCAACACCAGGACGAUGACGCAGGCGCUUGAAAAAAUCGAAAAGGCGAUCCCCGCUGGUCGUGGUAUCACUGUCAACUUGAUCUAUGUCAACCCCCGCGCCAUGGCUUGGCAGAUUCCUCUCCUUGGCCGUCUUCGUGCUGAGGGUGUCCCUAUCGAGGGUCUUACUAUCGGUGCCGGUGUUCCUUCCAUCGAGGUUGCUCAAGAAUACAUCGAGACCCUAGGCUUGAAGCAUAUUGCUUUCAAGCCUGGCUCGGUUGAGGCUGUGCAGGCUGUCAUCAAUAUUGCCAAGGCCAACCCUACCUUCCCUGUUCUUCUUCAAUGGACUGGCGGCCGUGGUGGUGGUCAUCACUCUUUUGAGGAUUUUCACCAGCCUAUUCUCCAGAUGUACGGCCGUAUCCGUCGCCAGGAGAAUAUUAUCCUCGUGGCUGGUAGUGGCUUUGGUGGUGCCGAUGACACGUACCCCUACGUCACUGGUGACUGGUCCAAGAAGUACGGUUAUCCUCCCAUGCCUUUCGACGGCUGCCUGUUUGGUAGCCGCAUGAUGGUUGCAAAGGAGGCUCACACUAGCAAGAACGCCAAGCAGGCUAUCAUCGACGCACCUGGUCUGGAGGAUGCUCAGUGGGAGAACACGUACAAGGGGCCCGCAGGAGGUGUCAUCACUGUCCGAUCGGAGAUGGGCGAGCCCAUUCACAAGCUCGCUACUCGCGGUGUUCGAUUCUGGUCUGAAAUGGACCAAAAAAUCUUUGCUCUGCCCAAAGAGAAGCGUGUUGCUGAGCUCAAGAAGAACCGCGAGUACAUCAUCAAGAAGCUCAACGAUGACUUCCAGAAAGUCUGGUUCGGUUGCAACAAGGCUGGCAAGGCCGUUGAUCUAGAAGACAUGACUUAUGCCGAGAUUGUCCGACGUCUUGUCGACCUGCUCUACGUCAGACACCAGGAGCGCUGGAUUGACCCGUCUUUUGCCAGGCUCACUGGCGACUUUAUCCACCGCGUUGAGGAGCGCUUCACUACCACUCCCGGAAAGCCCUCCCUCCUACAGAGCUAUGCAGAACUCGACGAGCCCUACACUGCUGUCAAGCGCAUUCUCUCCUUCUACCCCGAAGCUGACAAGCAGAUUGUCAACGCUCAGGAUGUCCAGCACUUUUUGUUGCUCUGCAUGCGUCCCGGUCAGAAGCCCGUCACUUUCAUCCCUGCCCUCGACAACAACUUUGAGUUCUUCUUCAAGAAGGACUCCCUGUGGCAGUCUGAGGACCUUGACGCUGUUAUCGACCAGGAUGUCGGUCGUACUUGUAUUCUGCAGGGUCCCACCGCCGUCAAGUUCUCUACCAUUUUGGACGAGCCUGUCAAGUCUAUUCUGGACGGCAUUCAUGACUCUCAUAUCGAGUAUCUUACCCGCGACUACUACGGUGGCAAGGAGAGCUCUAUCCCUACCAUUGAGUACUUUGGUGGCGAGCUAGUCGAGGCCGAGAUUCCUCUUGACAUCGAAGGACUGACGGUCAACUACGACGAGCACAAGAACACUUACCGUCUUGCCUCUGGCGCCGGUGCCGCAUUGCCCCCUCUAGAUGCUUGGCUGUCAUUGCUCGCUGGCCCCAACCGAAACUGGCGCCAUGCCCUACUCAUGUCCGACGUUGUCGUCCAAGGCCAAAAGUUCCAGACUAACCCUAUGCGCCGCAUCUUUGCCCCUGCCCGUGGCUUGUACGUUGAGAUCAACUACCCCAACGACCCUUCGAAGACGGAGAUCGUCGUCAAGGAGCAGCCCCGAUACAACCAGUAUGUCACUGUCAUUGAAGUCAAGCUGGCUGGCAAGAAUGAGAUUCUCGUCAACAUGAUCAAGGACACCACAGCUCUUGGCCGCCCUCUCGGCCUUCCUCUGCGCUUCACUUACCACCCCGAGACUGGUUACGCUCCUAUCCGUGAAGUCAUGGAUGACCGCAAUGACCGCAUCAAGGAGUUCUACUGGAAGGCGUGGUUUGGCGAGGAUCAUAUGGAUCUCGAUGCCCGUGUUACCGGCCGGUUUGACGGUGGCAAGACCAUCAUUACCGCAGAAGCGAUCAACGACUUUGUGCAUGCUGUCGGCAACACCGGCGAGGCCUUUGUCGACCGUCCUGGCAAGGUUGUCUAUGCUCCUAUGGACUUUGCCAUUGUUGUUGGCUGGAAGGCCAUCACCAAGCCCAUCUUCCCUCGCACUAUUGAUGGUGACCUGCUGAAGCUUGUUCACCUUUCCAACGGUUUCCGCAUGCUUCCUGGCGCCGAGCCUCUCAAGAAAGGAGAUGAAAUCUCUACCACUGCCCAGAUCAACGCGGUCAUUAACCAGGAAUCUGGUAAGAUGGUUGAAGUUUGUGGCACCAUCACUCGCGACGGUCAACCGGUGAUGGAAGUAACCUCCCAGUUCCUCUACCGUGGUGCUUACACCGACUUUGAGAACACCUUCCAGCGCAAGGUCGAAACUCCGGUUGAGGUUCACCUGGCUACCAGCAAGGAUGUUGCUGUUUUGCGCUCCAAGGAGUGGUUCUCUACUGAUGAGAUGCCUAACGACUUUGACCUGCUAGGCAAGACGCUCACUUUCCGCCUGCAGAGUCUGAUGCGUUACAAAAACAAGAACGUUUUCCGCACCGUUGAGACGCGUGGUGAGGUUCUUCUCGAGCUGCCCACCAAAGAAAUCAUCCAGGUGGCCAGCGUCGACUACGAGGCUGGAGAGUCUCAUGGUAACCCCGUCAUCGACUACCUUGAGCGUACCGGUUCUCCUCUAGACCAGCCUAUCAACUUUGAGAACCCCAUUCCCUUGAGCGGCCGCACUCCCUUGCAGCUGCGCGCGCCUGCCUCCAACGAGACCUAUGCCCGUGUUUCUGGCGACUACAACCCUAUCCACGUUUCUCGCGUGUUCUCGUCCUAUGCCAGUCUCCCUGGCACCAUUACUCAUGGCAUGUACUCUAGCGCUGCCGUCCGCAGUCUCGUCGAGACCUGGGCUGCUGAGAACAACGUCGGACGUGUCCGCAGUUUCCACGCCUCUCUCGUUGGCAUGGUUUUGCCCAACGAUGACAUCCAAGUCCAGCUGCAGCACGUGGGCAUGGUUGCUGGCCGCAAGAUCAUUAAGGUCGAGGUCAGCAACAAGGAGACUGAAGAGAAGGUUCUCCUUGGUGAGGCCGAGGUUGAGCAGCCUGUGACCGCUUAUGUCUUUACCGGCCAGGGUUCGCAGGAGCAGGGCAUGGGUAUGGAGCUGUACGAUAGCAGCCCCGUGGCCAAGGAGGUCUGGGACCGCGCCGACAAGUACCUGCUGGACAACUACGGCUUCUCGAUUACCAACAUUGUUCGAAACAACCCCAAGGAGCUUACUAUCCACUUUGGUGGUCCUCGAGGCAAGGCUAUUCGCCAGAACUACAUGGCGAUGACUUUCGAGACGGUCGCUGCCGAUGGCUCGAUCAAGUCGGAGAGAAUCUUCAAGGAUGUUAACGAGAAGACGACCUCGUACACGUACCGCUCGCCUACCGGUCUCUUGUCGGCGACGCAGUUCACACAGCCUGCGCUGACUCUUAUGGAGAAGGCCAGCUUCGAGGACAUGAAGUCGAAGGGUCUAGUGCCCCGUGACAGCACUUUUGCUGGUCACUCGCUGGGUGAAUACUCUGCCCUGGCUGCCCUGGCCGACGUCAUGCCCAUUGAGAGUUUGGUUUCGGUUGUCUUCUACCGUGGUCUUACCAUGCAGGUUGCUGUCGAGCGCGACGCCGCUGGUCGGUCCAACUACUCGAUGUGCGCCGUCAACCCCAGCCGCAUCUCCAAGACGUUUAACGAAGAAGCUCUGCAGUUUGUUGUAAACAACAUUGCGGAGGAGACGGGGUGGCUGCUAGAGAUUGUCAACUACAACAUUGCCAACAUGCAGUACGUGUGCGCUGGUGAUCUGCGGGCUCUGGACACGUUGGCGGGAGUGACGAAUUUCCUCAAGAUGCAAAAGAUUGAUAUUGAGGAGAUGCGUAGCAACAUUGAGGAAGCCAAGGACGCGCUGCGGGAGAUUAUCCGGGGCUGUGCGGAGGCGACACUCAAGAAGCCAGUUCCUAUUGAGCUGGAGCGAGGAUUUGCGACGAUUCCUCUGCGCGGCAUUGAUGUGCCCUUCCACUCGACCUUCUUGCGGUCGGGUGUCAAGCCUUUCCGAUCGUUCCUGCUCAAGAAGAUCAACAAGACUACGAUUGACCCAUCGAAGCUGGUUGGAAAGUACAUUCCCAACGUUACAGCGAAGCCGUUUGCGUUGACCAAGGAAUACUUUGAGGACGUGUAUAAGCUGACCAACUCGCCCAAGAUUGGGGCGGUGCUGGCCAACUGGGACAAGAUCACGCAGGACGGAACUGAAGGCAAGCCUGGGAGCGACAGUGAAGCCAGCGGCGAGUACGAGGGCCCGGGAGCUGCCGCGUGA